AUGACAACAACUGGCUCUGUUCUUUCGCCUGAAAUGAAACUCAUGAGCAAGCCUGGCCCAACUUCCAGCAGCUCCAAUGCAACCCCGGAAGUGGUGCAACAAGUGCCCGCCAUUAUGACUACGCAGCCAGCAGGAAACCCCGCCAUCUUGAACCGAAGGAGCAGCUGGUCUGACCCUCCAAGACAGUUGCGGCAAGAGAAUACUGCUACUACUGCUACUACUACUACUACUACUACUACUACUAAUAGUAAUCAUUCUGCAACCACCGCAACCACCACCAAAACUCAAAUCAAGCCGGUGGUUUCGGCAGAUGCUUCCAUCAUUGAUUCCGCACUCUUGGCAGCCCUUCGAGAUCCCCGUGAACGGAUUGGAUUGCUUCGACUGGAACAAACCUUGUGUGACUUUGUCACGAAACAACCUCAAGAUCCCUUUGUGGAUGUGGGAGGUCCGUACAAUUCCAUUGUCAAGAGCCCUACGAUUGGGUACAUUAGUCCCGGGGCCAUUCAUACCAACACCAACAAGUCUCAGACGAGCUUUCAACGAUGCAUAUUGCAUCGAUUGGCGGAUCGGUUUGAAAUCACGCGAGAAAACAACAUGGAUGGGACUAUUCGACUGCUCAAGCAACCGCAGACCAAAGUUCCGAGCCGUUUGCUGUUGGAUGUCAAAUCGGACGAAUACUCGUUGGUCCAAAGCAUGGACCAGGUCUCUCUGAAUGCAGGAACAACUGUCAAUGGCAAGCCAACCUUUGCGAGUGCAGUCUCUGGGAACAGCACAAAGUCCAAGACUAGCAGCAGCCGCCGAAACAGCAGUGAUGUUUCGGCUCUAAAGAGCAAAAACGGUUCUUCUUCCGAAAAGGGUAGCACUUCUGGUGGUGGUGCCAAAAAGAACAAAAUGAAGAUUAUGAAGCGAGCCAAUUCUUGUCCGGUAUCUGGAGGUGCCAUGAAUCGAACCAAUUCCAAUACUUCCCUCAAGAAAAAGAAUUCUUCCUUGACCGAUCGUGAAAAGGCCUAUGCCGAGGCACGGGCACGAAUCUUUCAACAAGAGCAAGAAGAACAACAACAACAACAAGCUGCUGCUAAUGCUAAUUCUAAUGCUGCAACCAACGCAGGAGCUUCUUCCAAGGAUGCCUUGCCGCCGUCGAGCAGCGGCAUUGCCCCCAAUGCUUCGGCUGCGCCAUUUGAGCCUUCCACUGCUACUACUACUAUUUCCUCCGCCGCCACCGCAUCCAACGUCACGGCAUCGUCGAAUACUACUACUACCACGACGGCCACCAACUCCAAGGCAACCUUUCGUGACCGCAAUCAAGAUGUGAUUGAUCCAGACUUUCGUCGGGGCAAUGCUGUAGCCAGUGUCAUGGACUACGAUCAGCAACAGCAACAACAGCAACAUUACACCAAUCCUACCAAUGAUUAUUAUGGAUAUUACAAUGCCCCUCAGCAUUAUCCGCGCAAUCAAUAUGCCCAACAUCAACAACAGCCAGUGUUACAACAACAACAACAGCAGCAGCAGCUGCAUGCGUGGGUGCCCAGUGGUGCAAAAGACAAAGCACAACAUCUACAGCAUGUACAACAACAGCAAGGAUACCAUCAUUAUCAUCAGUAUCCUGCCUCCUCCGCUUAUCCAAAACAACAACAGCAACCACAACAACCACAAGUACAAUAUCACCACCACCACCAACAGCAACUAUUCUCGUACAUACCAUCACCACCACCUACAGCAAAAACUACUGCUACUACUUCUACUGCUACUACCAUUGCAAGCAGUGACAAGGUCGGUGGAUGA